AUGCAUGGGUCCAGCCCAUGCCUGAGCACCUUGCUAGUCAGAGCAAGAAGAGCCGGCCACCUUCACACGGCAGCUUCCAGCAUCAGUCACUUCAGGACCCAAGGAGUACUGUCCCUUUCUUCAACACAGAUGAACUUGAGACUACAGAUCCUCCCCCGCCUGAGCCUAAUCCUUCUUGUUUGGAACCAAGUAUCAGGGCUUCAGGCUGAAAAGUUCCAAUUUGGGCCUUGCCAAGUGACCGGGGUGUCUCUCUCACAACUGUGGGGGGCCUUCCGGACUGUGAAGAACACUGUGCAAACGCAAGAUGACAUCACAAGCGUCCAGCUGUUGAAGCCACAGGUUCUGCAGAAUGUCUCGGGUGCUGAGAGCUGUUACCUUGCCCGCAGGCUGCUGAGGUUCUACUUGGAGACCGUUUUCAAAAACUACCACAGCAAAAUAGCCAAAUCCAAGGUCUGGAAUUCGUUCUCCACGCUGGCCAACAACUUUAAGGCCAUCGAGUCAAAACUGCAGCCCCAUAAGGACAAUGCCUUGCGUCCUAUCAUUGACAGUGCACGCCAGCGGUUUUCGCUCUUCCACAGAGCAUUCAAACAGUUGAAUACAGAAGUGGCUUUGGUGAAAGCCUUUGGGGAAGUCGACAUUCUCCUGAGCUGGAUGCAGCAUUUCUACCAUCUCUGA